AUGAGAGAGGAGUUGGGAGAGCAGGAAAUGAAAACACUACAGGAAACAAAGCGUGGGGAGCCAUUCCUGACGUUUGCGGUGGAAGACAAAGAGAGUAAGGUCAGGAAUGCUUCCGCUGUUAUCCCAAUCAAGGCUGCGAAAGCGAAGUUUGGCCAAGACGGCCCACGCAGUAUUCUGGCAGGUAAGCCGCGAGAUGCAGAUGACUACGGCAUGACUCUGCCGUAA